UUUUAGUUCAGUCCCAAGUCCGAAAUGUAAGCAGUCUAGAAUAUACGAAACUGUAGAAUGAGCAUAGUCUCGGUAAAAGCGUUAAAGUUUAUAUGUUGAUGACGACUGUACCGUUAAAAAAAAAACCAACAACAACAACACCCGAACGAGCGACAUAUUUCAGUAGAGAUGUAACCUAAAGUCAUGAGUGAAAUAGUCGAACGAACCUUAGCAGCGCUUCCUCGGCUUUUAUCUUCAAGUCUUUUAGGCAGCAAACAGGGUGAUGCAGGGAGACAGAGAAUGCCUUCUCGUGCUUUCCAGACUUUGUUGCAAGCAGUGGACAGGGCCCAGUGUCAUUCUGAGGAGGGUGCGAUCAUCCAUAGAGAGCUUAAAGUGCUUAAACAAAAAUUGGAUCAGCCAGGAGCAUCAGUUGGUCAGCUUCGAGAAUUGCUUCCCCGAAUCAUCUUCUGUUCUGUUUUAGGGUAUGACGUUUCAUUCAGCCUUAUUCAUGCAGUGAAACUGGCUCAGCAGGGCAAAGGUCUGGACAAGCGUGCAGGCUAUCUGGCUGCAACACUUUUGCUUGACCCAGGACAUGAAUUUGCCAUACUCACCAUUGGGACUCUUUUACAGGAUCUUAAAAGUUCCAAUAUGUUGUACAACUGCCUAGCAUUGACAGCAGCAGCUCACCUUGUCAACACUGAAACGAUACCUAUGGUAUUGCCUGCAGUUCUGGAACGUCUGAACCACAAUCGUGAGUUGGUUCGAGAAAAGGCCAUUCACUGCCUGCAUGCUUUUUACUUACGAUUGCCCAGUUUGAUCCACCAAAAUCUACCAAGCCUGUUUACUAUGAUCAGGGACAAAGACCCAGGUGUCAUAUCUGCACUUGUGAAUUUUUUUGCCACAGUGGUGCAGGAAAAUGCUGCUGCUAUUCAGCCCUUUGGUCUGUCUUUGCUUAGCAUUCUGCAGCAGGUAAGAGAGCAAAGGUUUCAUUCUCGUCAUAACUACCAUGGAAUCCCUUUGCCUUGGCUGCAGAUUAAAUUACUGAAGAUUCUUGGUGUUCUAGGAUCUACCAGUCAUUCACUAGUGUCUGUGUUGCUCCCAACACUGUCACAGAUACUUCACUCUGUAAAUCCUAAGGAGCUUGUUUCUCUGGCUGUGGCCUACCAGUGUCUGCAGACCAUCUCAGUAUUGGUGGGAGGAAAUCAUUUGUCAGAGAAGCUUUCAAAAAGUGAAAGUGAUGAUCUCAAGGCCCAUGGAUAUGCUGCAGCUGCAUCAACCCAUGCAUUUGAUUACCAUCAUCUAGGCUCCAAAGAAAGAGAGGAGAGUGCUUUUGAAAGGGAUAUUAGACCUGGGAAUGUUUCACAAAAUGUGGAUGAAAAAGAAGACUUCAGUGAUUUCAAAAAUAAAAAAAUGGAAGGCAUGCAGCCCCUGCUUCAACAAGCAUCUCAGUGCAUUGCUCGUUUCUUGCAGUCAGGCAAUCACAACUUGCGCUACAUUGGAAUGAAAUCACUGGCGUUUCUCGUGGCUGUCAAUGCAGAACUGGCUGUUGACCACCAGAUGAUGGUGGUACGCUGUUUGGAUGACUUGGACCCAGCUAUACGUUGCCAGACGCUGAUCUUGCUGCACCACAUGGCCAACCCUGCCAACGUGCAGGUUAUCUGCUCAAAGCUGUUAGAGCACCUCCAUCGCCAUGAUGUGGAUCGUAGGCUACACCAGGAUAUUGUAGAAAUGAUCUGCAGCAUUGCUUACCGUCUAUCACCUGACUCCAAGUGGUAUCUUAGUACCAUGCUUCCUAUUCUGUCUCUGGACUUGGAAAACCACGUUAUUUCUUAUGCUGCUGAACAUAUGUUGGAGUACCUCCUCAUCACUAGUGAAGGGAAGGAGUGGCCUAGUAUUUCCCCAUUCAUAUUCAGACUUAUGCUCACAGCAGUUCAGGCUACAGAUUCAAGGAUCCCUUUCGUACAGUUUGCUUUUAGUGCUUUACGUUUUCUACCUUUGAAGCAUGACAUACCUGAGAAAGCAGCUUUCCUUCAUGCCUGUACAAGGAUUUUACAGACUCCUAAUUAUACAUUUGAAAUGAAGAAAGAUGUAGUUCUCUGUGUUCAGCACUUGUUACUAAAAGGCAUGUUGGAUGGAGAAACAGUAUUGGACUGGGUUAGGAAAACAGAAAAAGAUACCAGCAGCUUGUACCCACAGACAUUCAGACAGGUCUGGAAAGAGUUAUCUGUCCUUGCAUCAUUAAAGCUAGACAUUCAGCAGAGACUGUCAUUUUCUCUUGCAGAUAUGCUACAGCAUCAGACAGAGAUGGACUUCAAACUGACAUUUGCAGACACCUAUGUCUGUGAAGUGCUAGAAUCAGGACAACCCCUGCUGAAGCUGUACUCUGCAGCAAAAGUGACAGAUGACACAGAUGAUGACUUGCAUCUGAUAGGGCAGAACAAACAGCCAUCAGAUACUUCAUCCUUGUCUUCCACAUCAUCAGGCCAAGGUGUUAAUGGCAACCAUGGUGGCACUGACCAAACUAUGCAAGGCACUUCCUCUCCUCAGUUGGAAAUUGCCUUGAAAAAUAUUCCUGGCUACAAACGAGUAUGGAGUAAGCAAGGCAUCUUGACCAAUGAAGCUGAGACUCAAAGCAGUUCCGUGAAUCCAUCAUCUUUGACCUCCAUGACAUCCGACAUUGGAGACAAGAGUUCUCUUACUGUCGACAAGUCACAAAAGCAGCAGGAAGCAGCACAAAAAGAAGCAGACUUGGCUAAAGCUUUGUUUGAAGGCGUCACAUCAAGUUCCCAUACAAGACAUGUAAAAUCCCUAUCAGCUCUGGGGAACCAAGGAAGAGAAAACAAUGAAGUAACAAAAGAUGCAAAGGAUGCUGUUCUUGAAGAGGAUUGGGCUUCAACAGUAUCCUACUUGCCUAAGGCUGCUUCCAGCACAUGGAGGACACUGCAUGACUCAUUCAAAUGCAAUGAGCAGAGCAAAAAUGCUGAUUUUCAGGGUUUUCCAGAACAAGAGCUGGAACCAUUUUCAACCCCUGGACACUACAACCACAUAGCUGAAAGCAAGACUUUGGAUUUAAAAAUGUGCCAUAGUGGAGUGCAGCUUGAAAAAUUGAAGCCUAUUUUACAAGAUGCCCAUGAAACCUUUUAUACUCAGCAUUUCGAAUCCAAAUCGACAGUGCAGGAAAUAAUGGAUACAGAUUCAAAAGUUGGACAAGACAAUCUUGAUGCAAGGUUGUUGCAUUAUUUGGAGACAGACAACAACAGUGGUGAACAUGUCAGAAGACAAGACACCUCAAGUAUGAAUGCUGUUGAUAUAGAAAUGGCUUGCAAUGCAAUGUCUACUGAAGAGGUUAGUGGUGUACUUCUGGGCUUCCAGGAAAUGGGCUUCCAGUCUGAACUGAUUGACUUUCCAUUGUCCACCUCAGAGAGAAACCUAUAUGAAGAUUAUCUUCCCUGUGAUACAGAACCAGUUUGUCUUACCUGUGAUGUAGAAGAACUGUGUGACAAAGAUAAUGGACAAGCAAAGAGCAUAACCAGUGAGAAAGUCAGCCAGUAUAGUGAGUGCAUUGACUAACCCUUAAGAACAAGUUAAGAAGUGCAAUAAAGUAGCAUUCAUCUUUAUUAUAUGCAAAGUGUGUAGAAUCUGGGGUGGGGGAAAGGUCUGGUACAAGCUUGGCAAAUGCUAAUAUUUAAAACCAAGGCUGUGAACAAUAUUUCUCCUUUAAUAUAAUUUUCUCAAAAGGUUGUUGACCAUUCUUCACAAUCUGAUUCUGUCUUGAAAUCAUUAUUUGGCAACAUCUGGGAUAAUGUUGCAAAUUAUGAAUAUGUAUCUUGGAUGAUGUUAUAAAUUAUGAAUAUGGAUGAAUCAAGAGGAGUGUCUACAAAUUUUUACAUUUUGCUAACAAUGGUGUGAUUUGGAAUUUUUUCUUUUUAUCCUUAAAGUGCUUAUCGUUUAAUGCAGUUGGCUCCCUCUGUCAAACUGCUUUGGCAUAAUGCCAACCAAUCAUCCUUUGAGACAACCCUUACUCAUAAUUAUUUUACAAAUCUGACAAGUGCACCCAAAAUACUGUUUUCAGUCCUGCAAUAGCGAUACACUUUCUAUAGGAUUUAUUUAAAAAAAAUAAUAAAGCACAUUAAAAGCUCUAGAAUUUGAUAUUGAUUCAAUAUAUCUGCCCAUUACCUCAUGCCAAACAAUUGAGCUGUUAAGAUUAGAAGUGAAAAAUUAGGAUGCAUCAAUGCUCUCAGUAAUGAGAAGGCACUAAUUAUAAACAAGAUAAAAAUUUAAAGAUAAAAGAUAUAUUUCAUGUUUUCCCCUUUUAAAAGAAGUAUUUUCUGUCAAAUACAAGAUUUUUAGACUCGCAGAUAAAGUCAUGGUUUAUUAGAACCCUACAUAAAUAUAAUGGAAGUUUUAUUGACCAUUUGCAGACCCAAGUCAACAUAGUAUUAUAAUGAUGUUGCUCGUUGAUAUAAAAAUCUGCUUUAUGAGUGAUAUGUUUGUAUGCAUCUAAAAUGGUAUCACCAACAUUUGAUAACAAUGAUGAAAAAUUAAGCUUUUAUAUGUUUGGUUUAUUACACCAUGCAGUGAAACCUCGGACCCAAACUCAUAUUUUCAGACCCCUUCAUUGCCAAAUUAUGUUCUCAGAUUUUCUUGACAUUUUUAGUAUGUGAUUUGGAGUUCUAUGUCUGUAAAUGACGAAAAAUGCUGAAAAAGCUUGUAGUUAGUAGGUAAAAUUAAAAACAAGAGAUAAUUGC